AUGGCGAACAAGUUUGGAUUGGGUUCUUUAUCUUUAGAAACUAAAAAACCUAACACUACAACGUGGAUAAAUAAAGCGAAACCUUACUUUGUGGAUCAAAUCGGAGACACUCUUCAAGAGGAUAAGAUUGCAAAACAAAAAUUAGACAUUCAACAAUUAAUAGAUAGCAUUCCAGAUGAAAAUGAAGAUACGUUUCAACAGGAAUUAAAUGCUCUGGAAACUAAACUUAACACUGAAUUACAAAAAGAACUAACAAAUAUUAAAAAACAUAUACAAAACAUAGAUGAUAGCGAAAUCAAAACCUAUAUUCAACAACAAAUACAAAACAUAGAUUAUAGCGAAAUCAAAACCUAUAUUCAUCAACAAAUACAGAACAUUGAUGAUAGUGUUAUUCAACAACAGAUAACCACUAUUAAUAACAUAGUUUGUAAACAAGACAAUAAUAUAGUCGCAUUAGAAAAAAAGUUUCUCAAGAAAGAAUCAUAUUAUUUCAAUCUUCCAUUUAGAAGAUUGACUCGUGAUGAUGCUUCUAUUUCUGAUAAUACUGAUAAAUCAAAAGAGUAUGAAUAUAAAAAUAUGGAUUUACAGUAA